AUGCAUAUUGUCAGCUAUUCGUCAAUGUAUGCCAGCUUUGCGGAAGCGAAAUCGUCUCCUGGCGGUUUGGCUGUGAUUGGCGUUUUCUUUCAACUGACGACUAACCAGGCUGAAUCAAGUCUUUCAAAAAUGGGGAACCUCUUCUCGAGCCUCGGUGGACUGUCAAAUGCUGGCUCAAAAGUCAACGUGAACGCUUUCAAGCCUGACGUACUUUUGCCCCAGAACAAAGACGAGUUCUUCCGGUACCAGGGUUCGCUCACUACACCACCCUGCACAGAGAAUGUUCAGUGGACGGUGAUGAGGCACUCUCUGAAGGUGACCAAUGAAGAUUUGGUGAAGCUGCGAUCCCUUCACUUCGGAAACAAUGACGGCAACAAACCGAUGCAGGAUAAUUUCCGGCCAGUCAAGUCACUGAAUACCGGACAUGCUCCCCAAACGCGAGUGCUCUACAAGUCCUGGUCUGCCUCGGGUCGUAUUGUUCCUGCUCUCGUUCCGGUCGUCUCAGAGCUGACACUUGGCAUGCUUUCUCGCUGA